ACGACCGGAAACGAUCGUUGUGCGAUGGCGGACUUAGAAGAAGGUGAAAUAGCCGACUCUGACUCAGAAGUGCCUGCAGCUGCUGUCACAGGCAAUAACGUGUACAGUUUUGGUCAAUCCUCAUCCGUGCCAUCUAAUCUCAACCAAGCCAAACCACAGGGCUUCAGCUUCUCACGGCACAGAGAUUCACCAACCCCAGCUGACUCCUUUGGACACCGUAGUUCUGCAAGGAAUGGUAACAGCUCCGAUGACUCAAUUGACACCAGUGAUGAAGACUCCCCUUUGUGGAACUGCAAGAGAACCAAAUACCUCAAUAAGCUCAAAAUGGAGGGGAUUGAUGCAUCCAGGAGUCAGUCCCCCCUGUUCCUCAACCCCUUGCGGGACAGACACAGAUCAUCACCAGUGCUUCAGUCACCCCCCAAGAAGAAGACAAACAACAUCUGGGGCUCUGUGCUGCAGGAGCAGUCUCUGACACAGAACAUGGUCAGUUUCGGUGUUGACAAAGAAGACUCUGAUGACGACCUUGACACUCAGGACCGUAAUGUAGAGAGUUAUAACUACAAAAAAGCUCGUGAAGAUCCGAGACCUUUUGCCCGUGAGGAGGAAGAUGAAAUGGAUAGGUCUGACGAUGAACUAUUUGGUGGGGUGGUAGAUUUAGACCCAGAUGAAGAUGCCAAGAACAGAGAGAGAAAGAAACGGAAGCGGAAACGUCCCGUGAAAGACAGAAUUGGUGAUCAGUCUAAUCUUGAUAGGUUAGGGGAGAAGUUGAUGCAUGAACAUAGACACAAAUCCAAGGGGUCAGUCAAAGGCCGUCUUGGUUCAAACUCAGGGAAAUACAAGUCUAACUAUCAAGGGCCAAGAUCCAGGCCGAAUGUCAGUGUGUCAGAGGAGGACCCAGUGCCAGUGGUUGUAGAUGCUAUUGUGGAGGUUCUUGAUGAACCUAAAAUUGAUCUCAUAACUCGGAUUGUGAAGCGACUCGGUCAGAAGAAGAGCAUCCAGCUCCUCCGCCAGACCGAAGAUGUAGAGGACCACGGGGGAAUGCUGGUGAAGGAUGGUAGUCGGCGCCGUAGUCCCGGUGGGGUGUUUUUACAGUUGUUCAAGUCGGACUCGGACGUUACAAAGGCUGACAUAGACUACGUCUUUGAGGAAAAUGACAAGAUGUACAUUGAACAUAUCAGGAGAAAGAAUGCUGAGAAGAAAGCGAGGAAGAGACGGACACGCCAAGAGAAGAGAAUCCAGGAAGCACGGCAGUUAGGUGGCAUGAACGGCGAGACAUCCAACAAUAACCACGAACGCCAAAAUAACAGUGCCAGUAUGCAAAUGGACCCUGACCAUAGUAACGGUUUCCACAGAGAGAGUGACAGUGAUAACAGCAGUGUGUCAGAAGGGGAGUUAACUCCUGACACCUCCGGUGAGAGGGAGCACCUUAACACUGGCAGCCAUCAGGGAGGCACGUCCCUGGUCAGUGGAGGGGAGGGGGAGGAGGAUAUGCUGACCAUCACUGUGGAUGAGGAGGAUACAAUUGAGUGAAUGAUUCUCGGCCACUAGCACAACGUGGAUUAGUAUGUGAAUGUUGUUUUCCCCACACCUUGACAUUGAUUCUCAGUAAUUCACAUCUUUAGACUGCCUGGUAUGUCUGGCCUGUUACUUUUGACAUUUGUUGUGAAGGAUACUUGUAGGCAAGACUGCAGUUUACCCUGGUUUACCAGACCCAGCGAUAUAUAGCGCUUGGGUAAUCAGCUCUGCCUGUGGCUCUCACUUCACUGAUCUUAUGUGCAUGUUCGAUCAUUAGGGUUAGAUGUGUUAGGGUCACUUAGCCCUUGGAUCCCCUUUCUGUUCAACAUGAUCAAACAAAGCCACAGUCUUUAUAGUUGAGUACCCCUUGCAAAUGAAAAGCCCACUGACGAUCCUUACGCUUAUGUACCACUUUCUUAUCAUAAGGCAAGUUAAUCCAAUGCAAUCUGUAGUAAAAAGUUUCAAGUUUCGCAGGGAAGAAGUAGCUACCGCACAAAUGUCCAAAUGUAACCAAUUGGUUGAUCACUCGAUAAACAAGCACUAACUUUUUGUGUUAAUUCCUGUGGUACCAUGUUUAUUUCUUGGCUACAUAAAAUGUUUCAGCCUGGACAGUUUUUAACCCUGCCUGCUGAAUUUGUUUUAGGCACUGUAAAGAAGCUUGUUGAUGUCAAACAUUUGAGGCUACAUUAAACAUAGUACAGAUGAAUCGACAUUUUCCGCAUUUACUUCUGACAUUAAAAUACACAUUAUUUUCAAAAUAUAUCCUGACAUUUUCAAACCUACAGGGUUAAGACUAAAGCAAUCACAAAAUUGUCAAUUUUCUUGAAUUAUCGUAAAUAUGUGAUUUGUGCCAGUUAAAUUCAAUCAUCAAAUCUCCGAUAUCAUUGAGUUUGAAAUCAUAUAUUUUGUAUUGGCAAACACCAAGGGUGGUUAGGCCUGUCCAAGCUUCAAGCUGGCAUUGCGAGUCAGAUCCUUCUCUACUUGUGUAGUUCUCUGUAAUGGGGCACACCAGUAUUCCUCUGUUCAAAUAUUGAAGUACAUUUUACAGUACAUUUGUGUUUGAAAUAGUUUUAAAACACAUCAAGAGUCUGGUAACCUUGGUGACCUGUAAGUGUUGUCCAUCUUCAAAGUUACCUGCCCACAUUCAGACAUUAUAAACACCGGGGUAUUGAAAAAUUGCAAGAAAAUAAGAGACAAAUCGUGUCUUGAUUCAGUUGAAAUAUUGCAAACAAUCACUUGAGAAUCUACAAGGAGUAUUAAUAUACAUAAUAAAACUGAAUACAUAAAUAAUCUUAAAUUUUUAAAUUCGGGCAGGUGGAGCUAAAUUUCAUGCCGCCCAACAAAUGUUACAGCCGCAGACAGGCAGUUAUUGUGAACACUGUUGAAGUAUGUGAGACAAAAAUGAAAGCAUGGCAGUAUUAUUCCAUGUAUUCUUGCACUAACAAAAUUGAGAUCAUGCAAGUUUUUCAAUGGUUACUGGAACAUGGAACAUUUUUCCACCUUAAACUUUUCAUUAAGAACAGCAUCAGCAUUAACAGGAGUUUAAAUCACAGCAAGGACGUUUCUGCUUGAACAUGUUGAACACAUCAAAAUAGAAUCUGGUAAAUUGUCGUGCUUAUUGUUGAUAAUACUUGAGGUUCAAGUGGAGUUUAAAAUAGCAAACCAAUAUCUGUUUGUAAAUCAACAUUGCCAGGAAACAAAUAUUCAGCCUGAUUUAGUAUUGAAUAUAUAUAUGUUAGAAAUAGCAUAACCAUGGAAUUAGUUGACUGAAAUAAGGUCAUAUCGCUUUACAAAUGAGUUAACCUGGAAAUGUGAAUGAGGUACAACUGCCCACUUUUAGUAGACAGGACCUAUAAAAUUUCAGAAAUUAGCAAAACCAUGAGAGGUGUUAUGUCAAGUGUAAGUAUUGUCUGUGGGAAUGAACUGUGUCCCCUUGAAUGUGUGAGUAGGGAGAGGUGUAUUUUGUUGUGGUUUUAAGUGGGCAAAUUGAGAAUCAGUUUUGUUCAAUCUCAUUAAAAUCAGACCUUAGUUCUCGCUACCGCUAAAUAAAGAUCUGAGGACAUCCCAUUACGGGUCCCGGCAGACCGACCUUGCACGAUCUUUGACUGACCAAUAGAAUGGCCAAUCAGAAGGCAGCUUUCUCGUGCUUUACGGCAUUAAUUUCAAAUUGGCGACUACGCUUCAAACAUAUUUUGAAAAAUUCUCGAUUACAAACUUGAAACCUAAACAAAAGAACAUUGUGGAAUGGCUAAUGGAGGUUCUAGAUUGUAUGGAUUCAGUCGUUAAACCUGUAACUAUUGUUUGGAAUACCCCCUGUUAAAGUUUUCGAGGUUGUAUCACAUUCCGACUGUCACUUUCAUGAUCUGGUAAGCGACGCUCUCAUUGGUCGGAUGAAAGGUCAUUCUGACGUGACCCGUAAUCGGAUGUCUUCAGAUCUUUGUUCAGUGGUAGCGAGAACUAAGGUCUGAUUUUAAUGAGAUUGAGUUUUGUUUGUCUUUGUUAUUUUUAAACUCGUGUUGAUCCAGCUAGGUAGUGUCGAGUCUGCAUGUGGUGUAUUCUGUUCAACUUUGUGAAGGUUUGUGUUGUCAUAAUAUUCCACCCAACAUGGAACACCAAUACUGCUGAUGAAGGCGACCACCUUCACGUUAGUGAUGUGUGAGGCAUGUUUUUCUAUCUUAUUCAUCCAACAGCAGGAAAAUAAUAUGUAUCUUUUGUUUCAAUCCCAGAACAGAUCAGAAGUUAUUGCUUAUGUGAAUUUUAUAUAUGUCUACAAUGUUUUUGGCUACAUGGGUUCAUUGCAUACGGGCUUGCAUGUAUGUCACGUUACCAUGGUUACUUUCCCUGACUGAAAGUAAAAAGGUCAAGAUGAUGGCUUGCUUGUAAGCUGCAGAUUAGCCAGAAAUAGUUUCAGUAUUCAUUUUUUUAGCCUUGUUUCCAGGUUAUAGUAACCAUGGUAACAGAGAAAUUCUUAAUUCUGAGUUUUUAAACAUGUCAUUGUUGUAACUGUGAGGGUAUUCAUUUUAUUCAUUCUUAUUAGUCUUGUUGUUAUAUCUGUUAACUUAAAUUUAUCAUGACUAUCACAUAACUUGUCAGGGAGUAUGUAGCAUGUCAGGUUCCUUAUAGAGGACACUCUUACUGUCAUACAGUGAGUGGCUUUCCUUUAGCAACUAUAGAAACUGUAUGAUCAUGCCUGUUUUUCAUGAGUGGAAUAGGUCCCCAGAACCUCCUUAGAUCCCAUAUGGAUGAGAAUCCAGUGAUUAUGUUGUGAACGCCACACUCAGCAAUAUUCCAGGUAUAGGAUGGUGGUCUGUAAAUAAUCAAGUCUGGACCAGACAAUCCAAUGUUUGACAUCACGAUCAUUGAUCCAUGCAGUUUGGAUACGAUGACAUGCAUCAACCCAAUCCCGUUAGUCGCCUGUUACGACAAGCAUGGGUUGCUGAGGACCUAUUCUACCCCGGAUCUUCACGGGUCCAGUGGUAAUGUGAUCUUGUGAAGUACGUGUCAUGUUACAUGUUGUAAACACGGAUUGGUCUGUUGACUGUUUGUCAGGUCAAAUCUGUUUUGACUGAUGCAUUGUGUUGCUGAUUAUAGGGAACGUCCACUUUGGCUCCCCUUCCACAAACUG